AAUCCAUAGGUGAACUGUCAAUUUUCUUGGAAGUGUGUGCAUUUUUGGUAUAAAUAAGAGGAUUCUUCGCAAUUUCUAGAGCGUUCUGCGCUGUGGGAGGCACCAUGAUCUCGCUGACCAGAAAGACAGAACGUGUGUGCAAACGGAUAUCCGUCAGGGAUCGAUUGCUGGUGAAGGAAGUGCAGGAAAUGGAGCAAACAUUGCCAAGUACAUGUAGAAUUCACUUUGCUGAUCCACACGUUCUCAGUGAAUUCUCCCUCACGAUACUCCCGGACGAGGGUUACUGGCAAGGAGGUAAAUUCCAAUUUAGCAUCUCCGUGCCCGAGGAGUACAAUAUGACACCACCGGAGGUGAAAUGCCUGACAAAAUUGUGGCAUCCCAAUAUUUUCGAUGGUGACAUCUGCCUCUCGCUCCUGCGACAGAAUUCUAUCGAUGGAAUGGGAUGGGCACCAACUAGGCGUCUAAAGGAUGUGAUUUGGGGACUAAAUUCACUAUUUACGGAUUUACUUAACUUCGAUGAUCCACUGAAUAUUGCCGCAGCGGAACAGUAUCUGCAAAAUAAAACUGAUUUCCAGAUGAAAGUCAAAGAAUUUGUUCAGCUUUACGCCAGAUGAUGACUUCCAACUGCCCUGACGAUACUCAAUUGCAAGAGGCAACAGUGUAAUGUGAAUCUCUUCCUAUUGUCAGCAAAUUUCUUAACUAGGACUGUAUUCAAAUUAAAGCAUAAUUAGGUUAAAAAAAA